AUGUCAUCGACCGAGUUCUAUGUACCUUCGGCCACAAAGGCUGAGGCCGACACUGAAGUCAGGGCUCAGACGUCGGAGGAUACUCUCAACGAGCAGGUCGUGCUUAUGGGGAAGAAGAGCCCUGGAGUUGCACGCAUCGAAGCAAUCAACGCUCACCUCACUUCUUUCGAUCGAUGGUUCCUCGGAAUUGGUGUCUUCCUGAUCGCAUACGCCUAUGGUCUCGAUGGAACCGUCAGAUACACUUAUCAGAGUACUGCUCUUUCCUCGAUCGGUGAGCACUCGUUGCUUUCGACUGUCAACAUUGUACGCACCGUCAUCGCUGCUGCCGCUCAGCCCACAGCUGCAAAGAUUGCCGAUGUCUUUGGCCGUGUUGAGCUUGUCUAUCUCUCCAUCUUCUUCUACCUAUUGGGUACUAUCAUCGAGGCUGCCGCCCACAACGUCAGUGCUUUUGCAGCCGGAGCCAUCUUCUACCAGAUUGGUUAUACUAUUGUUACACUGCUGGUCGAAAUUAUUGUUGGAGACAUCUCGUCGCUCAAAGGAAGAUUGGCCUGGAGUUACAUUCCAGCCUUGCCAUUCCUGAUCAACACCUGGCCUCCGCUUGAACAGGUCUCAGGAGAUGUUGCGUCUGCUGUUUUGGAGGCCACUACUUGGCGUUGGGGAAUUGGCAUGUGGGCCAUCAUCUAUCCCGUGUGUGCCAUGCCUCUUGUCCUCGCUCUUUUCAUUGCGUCCAGUCGUGCAAAGAAGGCUGGCGCCCUAGCCAACUACCAGACCGCUUUCCAGAGCAAUGGUUUGAGCAACACUCUUGUUGCUCUCUUCUGGCAACUUGAUGUUCCUGGUAUCAUCCUCAUGAUUGCUAUGUUCGCUCUCAUCCUUGUGCCCUUCACCAUUGCUGGUGGUGCAAAGGAAACUUGGGGCACAGCUCACGUCAUUGCUCCUCUGGUCAUUGGUCUCUGCCUCAUUCCUGUCUUCGUCCUCUAUGAGCGUCGCGCACCUCAUCCUCUUGUACCAUUCCAUCUCCUGAAGGAUCGCAGUGUCUGGGCUGCCCUUGGUGUUGCCUGCAUGCUCAACAGCAUCUGGUACAUGCAAGGUGGCUAUCUCUACACGGUCGUUGUUGUCGCUUUUGAUCAAAGCAUCCUUUCUGCUACUCGUAUCACUUCGCUCUACAGCUUUGUCUCAGUCCUGACUGGUGUCGCUCUUGGUCUUCUUGUUCGCUUCGUCAAGCAAAUCAGACAUCUGAAGCCCUUCAUCGUCUUUGGCACCUUGAUGUUCAUGGUUGCGUUUGGUAUCCUACUUCGUUUCAGAGGUGGUCUGUCUCAAAGCUCCUACGCCGGUAUCAUCGCAGGCGAGGUCGUCCUGGGUUUUGCGGGUGGUCUCUUCCCUUACCCCGUCCAGACUCUGAUUCAAGCAGCCACUCAACACGAACACCUUGCACUGGUCACCGGCUUGUACCUCGCACUCUACAACAUUGGAUCUGCCAUCGGCUCAACUAUCUCUGGAGCUCUGUGGACUCAAGUCCUUCCUGGAGAGCUCGAGCGUAACUUGGCUGCUGUAACAAACAACGCUACUGUUGCCGUUUAUGCUUACAGCAACCCUCUCUUCUUCAUUUACGACUAUCCUGUUGGUACUCCUGAGCGAGAGGCUGUUAUUGUGUCCUACAGACAUAUUCAACGUCUGCUAUGCAUCACUGGUAUCUGUCUUUGCAUUCCAUUGAUCGCUUUCUCGCUAUGCUUGCGCAAUCCUCGCCUGGGUAAGGAGCAAUCUCUGCCAGAUGCUGAAAAGACCAUCUCUGAGACCUCUAGCGAGACCGGCGUUGAACAGACCCCCAGGAAGACUGGCUUCCUUCACAAGCUUUUUUGA